AUGCCGAACCCAAGUCUAAGUUACGGAAAUGGCAUGUCAUCCGGAGCCAAGUCCCGGAAUACCGCCUUCCUAACCAUGUUCGCGGUUAUCUCCGGCGCCUUGCUCACAUUCCGGAUGCAGUCGCCACGCAAGGAGCAGAGAUACUCUCCCGAGGGAGACCAGCAGGCUAUUGAUGGGGAGAAUAAACUUGGGCGCUCGAUGUUCGUCUCUGACGGGGAUCGGGACGCUGUUAGGGGUGGGAAGCCUGGAGAACCGAAGGUUGGUCGUGCGCCGCAUGAGGGGUUGGGUGGGCGGUGA